GUAACAAUCAUAAUCAUAACCAUCAUAACUAAAUUAAAUCUCAUUGUGAUUAAGUGAAAUUUUCAAUCGUAAAUCAUAAUAGUAAUUAAAAUAAAUUGUUCUUCUUAUUUAACAUUAAUAAUUUUUGUUUUCGCAUUUCUAAUUUCAUAUUAAUGUUAACCUUAGAUCAACUCAGUUAAUUUGAUUAACUAAUUUAUCUCCUUAAUUGUUUUAUCACUAAUUAUUACUUUGGAUUAACAAUUCUUACAUGUUAUCCCUCUGUUGCCAUCAAAUUAACCAAAUUCAUUGAUUAACCUUUUGCAUUUUGAUUAACUGAUUGUCAAUCAAGUGAAAUGGUUAAUCUUAUUUUAAGAACAUCAUUUUACUAUCAGUUAAUUAACUCUUUGAUUAUUGUGAUAUUAUGUUUUCCCUCCGAUCAGAAUCUAAUUACCUUACCAGGUAAUUUAGUGGCAACAAAUCAAGAUGGAUUAUUAUCAUCAUCAUCAUCACCUUCAUCAUCAUCAUCAUCAUCAUCAUCAUCAUUGUUAUCAUUAUCAUCACCAUUACCUACACGUAAUUUAACAUUGACAAAAUCAUCAAUCUCUAAUCGUUGGUUUAAUGUUACAAGUGAUUUAAUUGGAGUAAAAUCAUCAUCAAAAUUACGUUCCCAAGAAAAUUAUCAACAGCAACAAUUAACUGGUGAUAAUAAUGAAGCAAUUAAAAAAUUAAUUCGUCCCUUUAUCAAAGAUUUAAUCACUUUAAGCUCAGAACCAAUUGAAUCAGGUAAAAGUGAUACAAUCAAUUUAAAUGACAACAACAGUAACAAUUAUACUGAUCAAGGUUAUGAUAAUAAUAAGGAGACUGAUUUAGAUGACCAAUCACCUUGGGAUUAUCGGUCAUCUUUAUCCCAACGGAUUAAUGAUUCAGCAAUUGUUGAAGAUAUUUUCAAUAGAUUUAAAAAUCCAAUACAAUAUUUGAAUAGCCAAUCAUCAAAUAAACAGAUGAAACCAGCAACAGUUGAAUCAACGGCGACAAUUAAUGUUUCCAAUAAAAAUUCAGAUUCGCGAGAAAAAUUAAACAAUCAACCAGAGAUUAUUAAUGAUGGAACAAUUUAUUACGAUAACAAUUGGUUCCGGAAUCGUCAAGGUAACAUGGAAGAUUCAAUGAUGACCAGAGAUACGACAAUUUCCACACCAGGGAUACCGAAAAGUGAAGCACUGGUCAGUUUAAAUUCGAAAGAAAUUAAAAUAAAUAAUAAUAACAGUAAGAAUAAUAAGAAUACCAAUAGUGAGAAUAAAGUUGAUUCAAGUAAAUUAACCAAAGAAUCAAUGUUCGGAAUGCCAGAUCCAAAUCGUUGGUAUUACACUCGAAAUGUUUACAAUGCUGAGCCCACGAAAUCAGGGUCAACGGAGGCCAAAAUACGAAGUAAAGAAACAAAAGAACAAUUUAAAUCAGAACUGACCAAUGGAAUAUCAUCAUCAACACCAACAUCAAUCGAUCAACCAUCGACAAUAUUACCAAAUAAUUAUCCAAUUUUCGAUGAACAGAUAAUGUUAACAUCACCUCAUCACAAUUAUCUUCCUAAUCCUCAUCAGCCAAAUCAUCAUCAUCUUCAACACCUUCAACAUCUUCAUCAUCAUCUACCUUAUCCUCCACUAACCAAUUAUCAUUAUCCCCGUUUACCUUAUCAUUUCCAGCAUCCGGUUCGUCCUAAUCUCUUUCAUCAUCACCACUCAAUCCGACGAUAUCCCAAACUUGGACCAAUAGCCUACUCAUGUUGUAAACUUGUCUAUCCAAAUAUUCAUGGUAAAAGUUUGGGAUCAUCUUUAAUCCCUCAUGGAUCAUCAAUCUCAAAGGAAACCUUACCAGCCUCUUCAACAACUCCUUCUGAAACAGUAUUAGGAUUAAAUCAUCAGCAUCUUCAUCCUCAUCAUCAUCAUCAUCAUCAAAUUGAAACAAAUUGUAUCCCAAUUUAUCCAGCAACAGGUUAUCCCUUUGGUUAUGGUCCUCGAUUUGUCAAAACACUUCCGUUUGCAUUGAAAAUAUUCAAAAAAGCUUUGCUAUUUGGUUAAUUGUGUGACAUUAUUAUUAUUAUAUUAGGAAACAUGGUCACAAUCAAUUUUAAUCUAAAAUCAAAGUUAGCACACUGAUUGAAUGAAUCAAGUUUAAACUGGAAUGAAAAUUGUCAAUUGGAAUACAAAAUGACCAUUGAAAAGUUGGAACAAGAAAAUGAUUGAAGAAGAAAACAAAUAUAAAGAUAAUCAAUGGGAAAAUUAGUUAAUCAAAUGAGUAGAAAAAUGAAUAACCAGAGAAACAUGAGAUUACCAUGAUGAUUAUAAUCAUUUGAUGGUGAGAUAAUUGUAACUAAAGUCUGACAAGUUUAGUGAAUUAACUUAAAUGUUGUUGUGCCUCGAGUAACACCAAGAAUCAAGAGCCAUGAGUUAUAAUGAUUGUUUCAUUGUUAAUUAUAUGAUUAUGAUAAUAAUAACACCAAGAGAUACAUAAACAACUUUCCAUUCAACUGUUUUCACUUUUUGUCACAAUCAAAAGAAAACAAUUUACUAAAUCAUUUUCUCCAAUAAUUAUCCCUUUCUCUCUGUAUUUGUAAAUUGAAGGGCUUUUAAUUAUCUUCAGCUCUUAAUUGUGAUCCAUGUUAAUAAAAGGUUCAUCGAUAUUUCCAUUCGUUCAUCAA